AUGGCGCGGUAUGUCAGUCAUUCAGGGCGAGACGUCGCCUGCUUCACCGCAGGGCGCGCUCGCCCCCGCAAGCUGCUGGGCCUUGGCCUGUCGGAAUUGCUUGUCAUCUGCUUUCUGGUCCUAAUUUAUGCGCUUGUUUGCGGCCAUGUAGCAGAGCCCAUAUCUCCAGCGCCCCCUGACGAGACAGCAAAUGAAGGGGAAAGCGAAACAUCGGGGGGCUCGGUUUCCUCCCUUGCUACGGAAGGCGGCGACGCUGGUGAUGCAGCAGGCAGUGGUGUACGGCAGAAGGGUCAGGCCGUCCUGUCGCAGGAUGAAGAAGAAGUUGAAGCCUUCGAGCGCCAGAUCUUUCAUCGGCUGUACGCUGCAGAGAAUGCGGCGCUUCAGCCGCAAGCGAUUGAUGCGCUUUUCGAGGAUCGGAAGAGCCCGCGCCGAGAGUAUUUGAUGCGGCUCCGCCCUCCACUGGCGGGAUUUUUGAGAGCCACGGGCAUUUUAAGCCUCGCAUGUAUCCUAGCGCGGGGCUUGCUCCGAACGAGAAACGGUCUCGCGUUCUUCUUCGGCGCAGCAUGGCUGGCCGCGUCGUACCUCAUAUCAUUUGUUAUCGACUGGCGCCGCAGCCAGGAAUUUGCACAAGUCGCGCGGGAGCUUCUGGACGACCGCUGGGCCGGCCGCAGCACCGCGGAAAAGAAGCAGCUCCAGCAGGAGUUCUUCCACGCUGUUCUCAAGUCUAAGAAGCCGCGGCUUCAGGCAACGACACUCAUGGCGGGUAUCUUUCUCCUCCUCCUCUGCUCAUCCUUCGCUCGCUACCCCCAGUGGCCUUUGCCCGACUCCCCCCACCAUGCGACGGAGACGGCGCUGAACAGACACUUUUUGCCGCUGGCUGCGCUCGUCCUCAUCGGCGCCGGAGCAAUCCGGCUUUUGAAAAGCAUCUCGAGCCGCCGUCAGUUCCAGGCUCAGCUUCGAGGCAAAUCCCGGAGCGGCCGUGAGCAGCGGACACGUCACAAGGAACGAAGGGCCCACGCCUCGAGUGACUCAGUUCCCUUGCCUUCUACCCCCCUCGAAGAACCCGUCAGCCAGACAGCUCCCAGUGUGUGA